CUCCCGCCGGUACCGAGCGGUUCGCGGGUGUCGGCGCUGCCCGGUUGCUGCCGCCGCUGCCGCCCAGGCCCCGCCCCCGCCCCCUGCGCCAGGACAUGGACUCCGACUCCUGCACCUCUCCGUUCGCCCCGGAGGACUUGUCCCCCGCCGCCCGGCGGCACCGCACCGUGGAAGACUUCAACAAGUUCUGCACCUUCGUCCUGGCCUACGCCGGCUACAUCCCGUACCCGCAGGAGGAAGCGCCGCUGAGGAACAGCCCCAGCCCUCCCAACAGCACCGGUGGCACGAUUGACAGCGAUAGCUGGGAUCCGCGGUUCAAUGACACCCCCUCUUCCAUUGCUCUGCCCACCAAGAGCAGAAAGAACUUCAGUCAGCUUAAGCGAGCGAAACCGUACAGUUCCCUGUUCCAGCGGGCAAAACCCGGUAACUUCCUGCCGGAGCGAAAGCAGAUUGACAAGAUCAGGAAGAAGAAAAAGCUGAAGAGGAGGGAAGCGGAGGCGUCUGCAGAGGAGGACUAUGAGGAGAAGCUGCUGGAGCUGGAAGCAGAGGACUCUUACGUGGAGACGCCGAUGAGCCCCUCGUCCGAGGGCGACCCCCAGUCUGCGACCGAGCGCUGCUCGGUGUGGGACUCGGACACGCCGUCCAGCGUCUCCUACCCCACUGCGGCGGCCGAGCAGACGGUGGAGAUCCAGAGCGUGGGCAAGCGCACGGUCAUUCGUCAGGGCAAGCAGGUGGUCUUCCGGGAUGAGGACGGCACCGGCGACGACGAGGACAUCAUGGUGGAUUCAGACGAUGAUUCGUGGGACCUGGUCACUUGCUUCUGCAUGAAGCCUUUUGCUGGGCGGCCGAUGAUCGAGUGCAACGAGUGCCACACCUGGAUCCACCUCUCCUGCGCCAAGAUCCGCAAGUCCAACGUCCCAGAGGUCUACAUAUGCCAGAAGUGCCGGGACUCCAAGUUUGACAUUCGCCGCUCGAACCGCUCCCGGACGGGCUCGCGCAGGCGCUUUCUGGACUAGGGGCGGGAGGCGCGUGCUGCUGCGCUGCUUGGGCGGGCGGGCAAGUGGGGGGCCGGGGAGGGCUCCCCCGAACUGCUGCUGCUCAGGCUGGGGGCUGCCGGCCGGCCUGCGCCCACAGGGACGAGGAGUCGCCGGGUCGUGGGCAGCCAGGGCUGCGAGAGGCCGACCGGUUGAAACUGCUGCUAGAGACCGAGGAGCUCAAGGGACAGGCUGAGCUCGGGGUUCGGUGGGGUUUUGUCUGGUUACCGUUAUGAACUGGGUGAUGUCUGGGGAAUGUACAAUACCUUUGCCACGUAUGUUUUCUCAUCCCAUCGGGAAACUGCAACCCUUCGCUGUGCUAGGAAACUCCUCCUCCAAAGAGGGAGGAGAAGGAGGAGGAGGGAAUCUGUGUGAAGAGUCUGAAAAGUAAAUGGCCACAUGUUUUAAUUUUGAUGUAAUAUUAUACCUGCCCAUUUGUCCGUAUAUAUCAAUCUUAGCUAUUCUAAGGCUCCAUAGGAGCGAGCGUCAAUGCGUACCGACCUCCGCGCCAUCUGCCUCCUCUCCAGCCGGCCCGGGCAGCAGGGGAGUUCUGUGAUGUGGCAUCAUGGAGGUGAAAACGGGACUUGCCGCGGGACCGGUGCGCUCGAAGGACCAGAGCCGCCCUCUUUCUGGACAGGCAGCGCUGGGGACGAGUGACGCCAGAUUUCUUCCUUGAAGGUCUCUUCUUAUGGUGUUUUUUUGUGACUUUGUUUUGCAUGAUCGGCUCAAGUGUGUGUACGGAGGAUGCUGUCUGUUCUGUUUCCCAGCCCUUUGUUAAACUCUAAGGUGCUGUUUUAAGAAGACUCUCCCUUUUCUCAGCCCAGAAUUCAACAUGGACUGUAGAAGGGGUCAUAGUAAACUUAGAACUUGGCAGCUCUGGUUUGGGAUUUGAUAAUUUUGAUCCAAGUACUACAGCUGAGUUGACUUUUGGUUUUGCCAUUUGUUUUUUGAGACUGGAUUUGUAAUCCAAAACCCGCAAUCUUUAACCUGUUGGUUACAAAUCAUACAGAAAAGACCAAACGCAGGCUGUGCAGCAAGCAAGAUCAAGUGCAAUGAAGACCUGCCUGGCGUGGGGAGGACAGGAGAGCACCGAGGGCCCCGCUGAUGCUGCUCCUCGACGGGACUUCAUGGGGCCUCAGCUGAGGGAAAGCUGCUCAGAAGCACGAGGCAGUCGCGGCUCGUGCGUGAGGCCACGGAGAUGGCGGCGUUGUUCCUCGGUGACCAGAGCGAGUAGUACGUAUCACACUAAUUCGGCUUCCGUUUCAAGGUGUUCUCUGAAGCUACACCUGAUGUACACCACAUGCUGUGUGUGCCAAGAGUGAGGGGCUGCCCCGGCCGGUGCUGCGGCAGAACGAGACGGGCUGCACUGGCGGGAGCGCGGCCGCGGCGCCUCGGAGUGCCCGUUUGUCCCAGGCCUGGCUCACCGGGGGGUGACCGAGGGUCUCCAGCGCAGAGCCAGGCAGCCCCCCACUGAUGUCCGACACGGGGCCGCCAAAGCUUCGGGCGGACGGGCAGCACCGCGGGGGCCUGGGCUCCGCCACGAGCGCUGCGACAGCUCUGCUGGCCCAGCUUGGGAUGCUGGAGCUGCACUACGUUCAACUUUCUGUCCUGCUGCUUUAUAAAAGUCCCGUUCCACCAAGCUGCAACAACUGACUCCGGGUUCUGAAAACCAGCUCCAGCUUCUGUAGAAUCUUAAGACCGUGACCUGUGGUACGCUGUCUUCCGGACGCCACGCGGAGCCACCGAGGAGUUUGCCAAAGACUUGCCCCAGCGGCUGCCUGACUGUUCUCUGCAGCCAGAAAAAUAACCAAAGUUCUCAAGUGCUGCCGUUUCACUCUGCAAACAGAAACGCUUUGGAAGAUUCAAGUCACAAACUGCGCAAGCGUUGGACCUGCUCUGAAAAUCCUAUCUCUGCGUUCAUAGCGUGUCUGCACGUCAACUGGAUCUGCACGUCAACUGGAUCUGCACGUCAACUGGACCUCCACGGAGCGAGUUCCUGACGCCUUUAUGGGAGAAAUGGCGAGCUGCCAAACGAACUGGCUCUUUUUCACAGAGGUUCGAUAGUAAUCAAUGUGACUGACUCUUUUUCUGUUACCUUUUCAGAUGUAUCCCAAUAGAUGGUGUCUGACAAGUCCAGCACGUUACAAUAUCAGCAGAGAGGAAAAAAAGUAACAUCUCCAUUAUUUUAGUUCAUCACUUUCAGCCAUGUAUAAUUAUAGUUUAAUUCAGAACUUUAUUUUUUCAUUAAAACUGUUUUAAGGAACCAUGUUUUUUUCUUAAAUGUGAAAGAAGUGAACAAUGAUUUUGUCUCAUUCUGAA